AUGUCUACCACCACAUACCUGAUCACCGGAGCCAAUCGAGGCAUCGGACGAGGCCUCGUCGAGGCGUAUCUCAAACAGCCCAACAACGUCGUGGUCGCAGCAGUACGCGAUCCCAAUGACCCCGCCAGCAAGUCCUUGAACGAUCUUCCCAAAGGCCCCUCAAGCUCGCUGAUUAUCGUCAAAAUUAACAACACCUCCGAAACCGACGCGGCCGAUGCGGUCAAGGAGCUCGAAACCGUCCACAACAUCAAAUCUCUCGACGUUGUCAUCCCGAAUUCGGCCAUCGGACGAGUCUUUGUCCGGGUUGAGGAUGCGCAGACUUCCGAUCUAAUGGAGUACUACCACGUAAAUGUAAUUGGCGUUAUCAUCUUGUUCAGAGCCGUCCUCCCGUUGCUCAAGAAGUCUCAAAAAACGCCCAAAUUCAUCCCCAUGGGUUCUUCGGCAGGCAUCAUCACCGACCAGGAGAAAGUGAACAUUCCGAAUGCAGUGUACGGCACGUCGAAAGCGGCCUUGAACUACAUUGUCAAGAAAAUCCAUCUCGAAAACGAAUUUCUGGUCGCUUUCCCCAUGCAUCCUGGUUGGGUUCAGACAGAGAUGGGUAACGAGUCGGCUCGGUCGUUCGGGUUGACCGAAGCGCCCACUACUAUCGAGGGAAGCAUAACCGGUUUGAUGAAGUUGAUCGACGAGUCGACCAGAGAGUCUCAUUCAGGCAAAUUCGCUUCAUACGAUGGUACAUUCAUCCCGUACUAG